AUGCAGCUUAUCAAGCAAGUGCUUAAGAGGUCAGAAAUGUUCUUGUUUCUGGUUAAUUGGCUUCUCUUCUUUGCCAAUAUUUUUGCAGUCUUUUUAGCCUCAUUGCCUCAAGAUUCUGUUCAUUUACUUGGGUUUCGAAGUGUUCUUCCAGAGCCCUCUCAAAAAUUGCUUCCUUGGGAUCAGUCUGUCUCACACUGCCAAUGGAAAGGUGUUACCUGCUAUUCAGACACAACUUCUCAUGUCGAAUCAUUGAAUUUCAGAGACUUCCUUCUAUCUGGAAUCUUGGACAAGGCCUUUCAUAAUCUUUGUCAUCUUACUCGCUUGAUCUCCCUUGAUCUCAGUGGCAACCAUUUCACUGGUGGUAUCCCCACUAUGCUCGCAAACUGCAGCCAAGUUGACACGAUUCGCCUCAACGACAACAGGUUUUCAGGAUCCAUCCCACCACAGAUUUUCAAAUCAAGACUGUCGACAAGCCUUCAAUAUCUUGGGCUGUGGAACACUUCCCUUAGUGGAAAUGUUCCAAAAGAGCUAUUUGAUUUGCCAAACUUGACACAACUUUACAUCCACGCAAAUAAUCUAACAGGACCUCUCCCCGACUUCCCAUCCUCGUGCUCACUUUCCCAGCUUCAUAUUCAUCAUAAUCGCUUCUCAGGUUCUUUGCCAAUUUCCCUAGGUAAUUGUCACAACCUUACUGCAUUCUACGCAACAUCUGCUCAUCUAGGAGGAGUUAUUUCCCCAGAGGUUUUUAGGGGCCUUUCUAAUCUCGAAUUUCUCUAUUUACUUGAUAACAACUUUGCGUAG